AAAGCCAUUAAUGAGCCUUGAAGAGAUUGACGAUUUGGAAAGGUCAAAGCAGGUAGAAGAAAGGUCAAACUCUGAUCAGUCGGAAAGGUCAUCAACGAGAAUUCGGGUAGCAAGGAGCCACCCGAGAGUCGCUACACGAAACAGGCGGAAGGCAAAGGAAACGGACAAACCUCUGCUCAAAAAUUCGAAAGCGAAAAAACUUAGCGAUUCGCGAGAAGACGAAAGUGACCUUUCAUCAGAAGAUGAAGGAGUUGAUGAGCGCCCACUCGAAAAGGCUGACAAAGGUCAAGCCGCUGCACAAGAAUACGAGAGCAGCGAUUCGGACUCGGAAUGGACGAGUUCAAGUGAUAACUCAACGACUUCGGAAGAUUCAGGUGUAAGUGACCUUUCAGAACAAGAGGACUUAAUGGAUCUAGAUGAAGAUGACGAAGUGGACGAAGAAAAAGAAAAAGAAAUUAAAGUCAGAAGAUUGAAAGUGGAAAAGGCUAGAAUGUCAAAAGAUGUGAUUAAAGUCUACAGUGACCAAAGAAUUAAAUUGAAACCGUCAAACUGCACACGGGUAAAGGUCAAGAUGGGAAAAUAUGCACCGGCCCAAAACAAGUUGAUGUUUACACCGGUCCCACAAGUGGAAAUUGAAGUGCAACCGUUGGCAGGAGUGACGGAUCACAGGGGAAAAUACUUUGAAAUCGUCAUCGCGAAUCACAGUAGCAAAUACCGAGUCGUGAAGAAAAAUCAGCUUCUCGGAUACGUUGAACCGUAUGAACAUAUGGAAAAUGUAAAGGUCAACGCUGGGACAGUAAAGAACGUGCUCGAGGACCCAGAGGUGGACGAUACGACGAAAGCUGAAUUGACAAAGAUAAUUGGAAAUCUGAAAUUAGGACCUGACCUAACUGAGGAACAAAAGAACGACGUGUACAACGCGUUCUGGGAAUUCUGGAAGGUCUUACCGACGUCCAAGAAACCGUACGGAGAUGUGAAAGGGUCACUCACAGAAAUGACAAUGCCGGAGGAUGUGGUCACAAAAACGAACAUCCCAGACGAUUAUGGAACCCCAGAUGAAUGGGUGGAGACCAUGAAAAAGAAUUUGACCUUUGCUGAGGAAGUGGCGAGGUGCAACAUCAAAGACGCUUACGAGAAGAAUGCGGAAAUUUACAAUAAGAAGAAGUCGGAACCGAUUUUCAAAGUAGGCGACUUGGUAUUGAUACGACUCCCAAAGGAUACGAAACAAGGGAAGAAGGAGAACCAAUCGGACUUUAAGUCCAAAUACGAUAAAGUAUGGAAAAUUCUUAGCUUCCCGCGAGCAAACGAAGCAGAGGUUAUCGAACAGAACCCAAAGAAGGAAGCGGACUUAAAGGUCGUCUCAAUCGACCGCCUGAAACCAUGGCAUCCACCAUUGCCAGAUGAAAAGUUGGAAGGCGAUCAUCAAGGAGAGAUGGAAUCAGAGCGAAGUCCACAAAAUGAUUUGAAUUCCCAACGCAAAUCAUUUUUCGAACCACCUCUGCUACCCGAAAAGGAAAAGUCGGAAGGAGACAAACCCAGUGAAGCCGAGCAUGCUCCGAAAGAUGCGAAAGCCGUUGAGGAGAAAAAGGCUAAACAGAAGAGAAAGAAACUGACUCCUACAGAAUUGCUGACCCAGAAAGGUGAAGUUGAAGAUGCGGCCGACAAAGAACUCCUUGAUCGGAUAACUAAAGGACGCAAAGAAAAUUAA